GGGUGUAAACUCGUAGAUAUCUAUGGUGUAAACUAAUGGCUUCUACGCCCUACUUAGCGUGCACUACGUUAAAUAACAAGUCGUUUGGAAAGCGACUUAAGUGUCCAUUUUGAAAAAAAUGUCACAGUUGCUGCUUUCGUGUCGCGACCCUCAGGCAUGGAGGAUGAGACCCAGGAAGAGAUUCUGUCCCAGUUUAAAGAGAAGAGGUUUGGGGGAUGGGGUCUUUUGCAGCUGACGGCAGGGACAGGACUGGCGGUCUAUGCCAUGUGGGCAGGGAUUCUGAUGCCUGGGUUUCGCAGAGUGCCUCUGAAACUACAGGUGCCUUACAUACCAGCCAGUAAACGGCAAGUGUGUAGUGUUAUGACGCUGCUAAAGGGCCGCUCUGGAAGUCUUGCUGACUUGGGCUCAGGGGACGGUAGGAUAGUCUUAGAAGCGAGUCGACAGGGUUUCUCUCCUGCCGUGGGUUACGAGUUGAACCCAUGGCUUCUUCGCCUCUCGAGAUUUCAUGCUUGGAGAACUGGUCAUUAUGGGAAAGUCUCCUACCAGAGGGAGGACCUGUGGAAGGUUAAUCUUUCAAGCUAUGAGAACAUCACAGUGUUCUUAGCUCCAAGUGUGCUUGAGCCUUUGCAAAAGAAGCUGCUAGCUGAGCUCCAUGAAGAUGCCGUGAUUGUUGCUGGACGCUUUCCCUUCCCUAAUUGGACACCAUGCAGGACAGAAGGGGACGGUAUGGACAGAGCUUGGGCCUACCACAUAAAAGCUCUCAGAAAACACCACCUGCCACCAAAGGUCAUCAGUUCAGCUGAGCAUACCAGCUGAUCUAGGAGUCAUGUGACUUAUUUUAAAAACAUUUUAGAGACUGUAAAGGGUCUUUCCAGCCCUGCUCUUUUAGUGAUAGUUAUGAUGGUUUUUACUUGACAGUUUUAUUUCUGCAUACUGUUGUAAACUUUACAAUAUUCACUGCUGCUUACUGUUCACACUUGCUUGUAACACUAAUACAUUCAGAAACGUUCGGGAUGAUGCAGGAUGCCAUACACCCUUGUUGAUCUUCUGGUCAUGUGACUGGCUGGUUGAUGGUAUCUACAUUUCACACUCAAUGACCGGUUUAUUAUUUGCUCCUCCUUUUAGUAGACUUCCUGUCAGUCUACACUGUGCAAAUAAUGUCUAUCCAAUAUUAGUAUUAUUGUGGUCAAUUGUCACUAUUGACGUACACAAAUUGUUUAUAGUGAAAGAUAGGCUAUAGUUAUGCCUGGUAUAGUAUAUUAUAUAGUAUAUGCCUGAUAAAAAUGACCAGUGAAUGUAGGUCUAAGCUAAGUAGAUGUAAUAAGGUAGCUACUAAAUGUAUAAUAUUCAAGUGUUUUUAUUUACAUUUAUAGUUCAAUUUUCAUUUCAUGGCAAAUAAUUCAAUUCAAGUUUAUUUGUAUAGCGCUUUUAGCAAUGGAUAUUGUCCCAAAGCAGCUUUACAGAACUUAAGAAACAUAAUACAUAAAAAAAGUAGUAUAAUACAGUGUAUAAGUAAUACAUGCCUGUCAGCAUACCUAUAGGGAAACAGUACUUCAGUUAUUUCAGGCAGAUUUACUGAUAAACCACAUUCGCCGGAAGUGUUACUCUGGAAAUCUGCAUUUUUCAAAAUUACUCUUUGUGCCUGAACGUGUGUAUGAAGUCUUUUUGAAGCUCCCAGGUUACUUCCUGCUUCUCUGUGUGACCUAAUUCAACUCACACAUGCUUAAAAGAAUAAAUUAAUGUAUAUGACUCUA